AUGGAGCGGAUGCAGUACUUCCGGUCCAGGAAUUGGUUGGACAAGGACUCGCAAGUGCUACAGAUCCGCCUUUACCUAAUGAACUCGGAGCUAGGACAACCCAACCUGGAACAGAUGACCUUGACCUUUUACUUUGCCGAUGGCGGCAGUGUCUACUACUCGCGGGAUUUCCAAGCGAUCUUCUUUGAGGUCUUUCCCAACAGCUUUAGUUUAGUGGCUGACGGCCUCUUCUUCUUGACCCUGUGCUUCACAGGUGUGUUGCAAACCAUCGUUUUGUGGCGAGCCUUGCGAGACCGCCGCAUGAAGAAGUACUUGACGGAUAUCAGGAAUCUGCUGGAGUUGAUUGUGAUCGCAGGUGGCAUCUAUUUCUGUGCUCAGUUCUACAUGGUCUACCUCACGAAGGAAGAGACGACGGAGUUCAUCACCAAUCUCCGUGCGAAGGGAUGGAACAUCUACGACGCACAACAAGAGGAUGUUGAGGAGCUCUUUGCCAAAGGUGAAUCCGCAUCCAGUGAGAUCCUGAGCCUCCGUCUGCUGGCGGCCAACUAUACCUUGAUCCUCACGUUCCGCUUCUUCGCGAACUUCCAGGCGCAACCUCAGCUGGCCAUCAUCACCAACACCUUGGGAUCUUUGAUUGUGGAAAUCGUCCACUUCAUGGUGGUCUUCAUUCCAGCCUUCCUGGUCUAUGUGUUCAGUGCCACGUUACUCUUUGGCCGGCGCAUCGAGGACGUGUCAACCUUUUGGGGAUCCAUGGGAUACAUCUUCCGCAUGACGCAGGAGGGCGAAUACGACUGGGAAGCAUUCCAGAUGGAGAACUACUGGUCCUCUGCCAUUUGGGUCUGGAGCUUCGUCGUCUUCAUCAACAUGCUGUUGAUCAAUCUGUUGAUCGCCAUCAUCCUAGAUACCUACAAGGAACUUCAAAAGGCCGAAGAAUCCCGGGAAGCCGUGCCUUGGACGGAGAGCGGUGUGGAACACCAUGGCGCAAUUCUGGUAUCGCCUGAUCUACGUGAGGAGAAGUCCGUCCAGGCUCUAUGGUACGUGGUUCGUCCAGGCUAUAUGGUGGCCCUCUUUUUGUUGGGCUGGGCCGCAAAUGUGGCGCUCUUCCAGCGGCACUGCAUCGACUAUGGAGCCGUGCUGGGAAUCACCAAAGAUGAGAUGGUCUCGGUGCGGUUCCUGGUGGUUUUGGCCGCCUUCCUGGCUCUUCUGCUGAGUUUGCUGCGCACCAUGGCCUUCCUCCAUGGUCCCUCUGCCGAGCUACUGGCUGUGGUGCUUGCGGGCUAUCUGCUGGCGACUCUCGUGGUGCUAGGCGGGCUGCCAAGACCGGCCAUGAAGCACUGCCGCUGGCGUGAGCCCUUCACGCUGGCCCUGUGGCGUUGUGUCUGGCCGGACGGGUCCAAAGAGAUUCCCUUCGCGGAGGUCCUGGUGGCGGAUGGCUUGACCUCAGUGGCCAAGCUCUUUUUUGAUCUAACCUUUGGAACCUGCAUUGUGAGUUCCUGUCGCUACCGGGGUGUGGAGACUGCUGCCCUAGGAGAAGUGGGCCUAGGGACCUUGUCUCCACUGGCCAGACCUGAGCUCAAUGCUGCUGCAGAGCUGGCCUCGGCAGUGGAGCAAUGUAGUCGCUCAUGUUUGCCCUAUUUAGCCUGGUCGGUGCCCUUCCUGAUCCGUGCGCGGCAGUGCGUCAUCACGGCGCGGCACGCGCCGGACGCGUUGAGCCGCGACCUGCAACGGAUCAACCUGGCGAAGUACUGCAGCGCGCUGCCGGUGGUCUUCUUUGCCAUGUGUCAUGCGCGGGUCAUUCCCGGCAUCUCCGAUCUGUCGAUCUUCACCUCGGAAGACUUCGAAGUGCUGUGGGCACUGGCGGCCAUUGUGAACUCGGCCUUUUCCUUCAUCUGGGAUUUAGUCAUGGACUGGGGUUUGCUGCAUCUGAUGCCCCACAAACCCGGGAACUUUGGUCUCAGACCGGUCUUGCUGUAUCCGCAGCCACCCAUCGUCUACUACUUGGCCAUUGUCUUGAACUUCAUUGGCCGCACCUUGUGGUCCUUGCGCUGGUCCGAGCAGGCGACGAUCUUCCUGGGCGCCUUCUUUCUCUCCAGCGUGCAGCAAGCGGCCGAAGUGCUACGGCGCUGCCUGUGGAACGUCCUACGCGUGGAAUGGCAAUGUUCGGAUCGCUAUCGCCCCGAGCUCUUAGACAAGAUCACAAUGCAGGAGCGCCGCAAAUUGAACACCCGGCGAAGUAUCGACAUCAAGCGGCAAGUGGAGCAGUUUCCUCAGAUGCCGCAGCACCAAUUGGAUCUGAUCUUUGAAGACAGUGCCAUCCAGAUGCAAGCCCAGGCCAACAAAGACAUCAACACAGAGAAGCUGGUGAAAAUGGCCGGUUCUCUGAUGAGCUCUGUGAGCGGUGUCAACGACUCCUUAGCCGAGAUGAUGACAGAGGAGUCGAGGGAUUCCCUGCAAAGCUGGGUAGUCGGCAAGACUCCAGGUGGCAAAGCUGAAGGAGACCUGCAAUACAAAGGCAGCAAACCCCCUAGGCUGGUGGAUCCCGUGAAGGUGGACAGCGUGGACAGCAUCCCAGAGGGGGAAGAGGCUCUUUCGGAGAAAGAAGAAUUGCCAGACCCCGAUGAGGCCAUACCCAUUGAGGAAGAAUGGAAGACUCUGUGGCUGCGAGAAACUGAGACGAUGAUGAAGGCGCAAAGGAGUUGGCUGGUGAAUGCCUCAUGGCAUUUGGAUCAGUUGAAUGCUGUCUUGAAGCAAAGGGCCAAGCAGCUGGGUGUGAGCGGCAAGGUGCUGCCGAGCAAAGGAACACCGGCGAAGGUGAAGGAACCGGCCGCCUUCAGCACGUCACCUGGACGGGAGAGGGGGUAG